CGAGGGCAGGGUGCACACAGUUUGACGGCUCUUUAGUUAGAGCUGAAACUAGCCUUGGAUCUCCAGACGACAUCCCUUAUCAGCGAGACCCGACUCCUCCUCCUCCUCCCUGCUUGUCCUCCAAAUCAAACGCUCUGUCACAGGACCACAGGAAGAGCCACAUCCCAGAGGAGUUUGCAGGCCUGCUUCAUGGAUCUUCUCCAGCCUGUGAACCCCCCGAUACACCUUACCACCUUUACAGCCCCAAAUCCUUUAAAAAUACAGAUGUCCAGAGCAACUUUCUGCAGACCCCGGAGUUCAGCAUUGUGAUCGGCGGAGGAGCCAGUCAGGUCUUCUCCCGGCCAGGGAGUGAGUCAUACUCUCAGAGCUUAGCCAACGACACUCGAAAGCCACAGGUUGUGUACCGGACUAUCUUCCACACCAAGGUCAACCAGGACCAGGCCCAACCCAGAAACUGUGAACAGGUAGAUCUGCCUCGUGGAUGGUCUACCCUGAGCCACCCACCCUCUUGUUCCUCUGGUCAAAACGGAGAAGUUGCAGAUUUACGGGGAAGCCAGACAGGAGCGACAUCCAAAGACAGUUCACCUGGGAUUGGCUACGAGGAAAGGGCUUGCACCCUUGGGAGGAUGAGGUCCAUGCCACGCAGUGUGUUGGACCUGCAGCUUUCGAAAUCUCUUUCCAAGUCUGAUUCUAACCUAGUGGCAGUGUCUCCCAUACAGGAAGAGCACAGCUGGGGGUCCGGAUCACGGGGCCAGGGCCCUGGAAGUCCGAGCCCACGUGAAGGCGCCAGCCCGGAGGGGAGAUUGGAGAGAACGCCGUCUUUCACUGCUGAGUGGGAAGAG